AUGGGAACUUGUGUUUCAUAUAGAAAUUAACAAUAAAAUGAAAGCAACACAAUUGAUUAGAUAAGACUCAAUGAAUUAAGUCAAAAUUCAAAUCUUGAGUUUGAAUUAAGCGGCUAGAACUACGAAGAUGUAGGUAUAUCAAAUAUGGAGGAAAGUAUACAAAUGCGUUAAUUAGAUGUAGGAGAAUUUUAAAAGCAAUAACCGUUAGAAAACUAAAAAAUACAUCAUUAAUUGGUAUCAAGUUUACAAUAUUAUUAGUAAUUAAACUUAAAUGAUUCUGAAAAUGGUUCGUCAAACUUACAAGUUGAUUUAGAGUUGAGAUCACUUAAUAUUAAAGUAUUAGAUAAGAUGUAGUCAAGAAAUUCCUCUCUUAUUGAACCUGAGAAAAGAUCAGAAAGAUCCUACACCUAAGGUUUAUAGUAUAAAGCCAAAAAUAAUAAUCUAAUUUAGUAGUCGGAAACAAAUAAACAUUUGAUUGAUUUUAUGACUAAAGGUGAGAAAGAUGCUUNACUGUCAAAAGAGAUGUUGAUGUAUAGAAAUACUGCUGAUUUCCCUAAACAAACCUUGCCUCGCAAUUUCUUAUCAUUCUAAAGACUAAAGAAAUCUUAUAGCAGAAAAAAAACUAUUCACUCCUAAGAACUAAAUCCACAAUUAUUAUAGCUUUAGAUGUAAAUGAAAAAAAUGGAAGAAUAAGUGUAAUAAUAAAAGAAAUCGUCAUGGGAAAUUGGUGCUCGAAGAUUGUCAAAUCCCAAAUUUUAAACAUUUUUAAGUACUUAAGUUUGA